UUCGGGUGCAAUGCCCUCCUGCCUCCUCGCUUCGCCCCAAAUCCAUUCCCCUCCGCCCCCUUCCCCUUGUCGAACAAGGAGCCUUCUGCACCCGAAUCCGGUCAAGUUCGCUGGCGUCUCCACCCGAUCAACUCCACUGCAGUAUGCUAUAGCCCGUGGAGCUUGGGGCGUUGGUUGUACGGCGGUCGAUUCCCGCGGGAUCUGCCGGGGCGCCCGGAGCCGGAGAAGGCGGGGAUGUCAACUCCAGCAAGGAAGAGGCUGAUGAGGGAUUUCAAACGGCUGAUGCAGGAUCCUCCUGCGGGCAUAAGCGGCGCACCUCAGGAUAACAAUAUAAUGCUGUGGAAUGCUGUAAUUUUUGGUCCUGAUGAUACUCCCUGGGAUGGUGGUACGUUCAAGCUGACACUUCAGUUUACUGAAGAUUAUCCUAAUAAGCCACCUACAGUGCGGUUUGUUUCUCGGAUGUUUCAUCCCAACAUUUAUGCGGAUGGAAGCAUAUGUUUAGAUAUCCUCCAAAACCAAUGGAGCCCGAUAUAUGAUGUAGCUGCUAUAUUGACAUCCAUUCAGUCACUGCUUUGCGACCCAAACCCAAAUUCACCUGCCAACUCAGAAGCGGCCCGCCUAUUCAGCGAGAACAAGCGGGAAUACAACCGUAAAGUACGUGAGGUCGUGGAGCAAAGCUGGACUGCAGACUAAAGCCAUUGCAUCAAAUAGUGAUGACAGCUAAUUGCCCAUUAGCGCCUUGUGAGUCUUAUGUACUGAACUGCUUGUAAGGUACUCCCUCGGUAAACUAAUAUAAGAGCGGUUGGGUCCAAACACUCUUAUAUUAGUUUACAGAGGGAGUAAUUAUAAAUGUUACAUCAUGCUUGCAAUCGUGUAUGUUCUUGGGAGUGACAUUCUUAGACGCUCAGCAUGUACUCCCUCCGUUCCUAAAUAUAAGACCUUUAAGAGAUUA